AUGCCGGGUCUGCGUAGUCCGUCUUGCUUGGCCGUGGUGAAUCCUCGGCCUCAUUCGCAAUAUUGCCUAUCCACCCAACGUAUCCGUCCGCCCCCUUCGUGGUUCAGCACUUCAGUCGUGGUCCCCCGUAUUGGCCUCGCCGCCGCUAUUCCCGCCGCUCGAGAAUCCCCACACCACUUUGACCUCCAGGACCCAACACCAAUUUUCUAA